GCCGGCGGGUGACGUGCAGGGCGCGCGGUGGCAGCACCUCCCCGCGCGCGGCUUAAAAAGAAGAAGAAAAGAGGGAGCGAAACAUGAGAGCCCUAGUGAGCCGCAGCCGCCGCCGGCAGCAGCGGAGGGGGCAUCGCCCGGCCCGGCCGCCGCCGCCGCCGUCCCACCUCGGGGACACCCUUCCUAUGGGACGACAAGUGAAGGGCUGCUGCUGCUGCUGCCGCCGCCGCCCGCUGCCCGGCCCGCCCCGAGCCUCGGCGCCUCGGCGCGGCAGCGGCAGCUGCUAAACCUGUGCCACUUGCACAACUUCGCCGGCUUCGAGCAUCCUCCCGCCGGGGCCCGGGGGCUCGUUCCCCCCGCUCCUGCCUUUUCGCGUCCGCCCUUUUGGAAGCGGGGGCGGCCGAAGUGCGUUUCCUCCGCAGGCUUUUUAAUUGCUACCGUUAUUAUUCUCCUCCAGACUUUCCCCUUCUGGGGGAGGGAGGUGGUUUCCUGAUCUGAAGUGCAAAGGAAAGUCAGUGGGAUUCCCCUCCUUCUCCCCCCACACCACCCCCCCCCCCUUUUUUGGGUGCAUUCACACGCUCCCUCAGGCAUGAUGCUCAAGAUGCUGCCGUUUAAGCUGCUGCUGGUGGCCGUGGUUCUGUGCUUCUUCGAGGGGGAUGCCAAGUUUGGGGAGAGCGGCGCCCGGAGGAGAAGGUGCCUCAACGGGACCCCGCCGAGGCGGCUGAAGAAGCGCGACCGGCGGGUGCUGUCCCCGGAGGCCCCGGGCGGCGGGGAGGCGAUGUGCCGCGGCCUCUACCCCCGCCUGUCCUGCUGCUCCCGCGCUGACGCGCAGGGGUUGCUCCACGCCGAGGCGAAGAUACUUUCUGUUACCAACAACACAGAAUGUGCGAAGCUACUGGAGGAAAUCAAAUGUGCACACUGCUCACCUCACGCGCAGAACCUAUUCCACUCACCUGAGAAAGGGGAAACACCUGAAAGAGAACUAACUCUUCCCUACCUGUGCAAAGACUAUUGUAAAGAAUUCUAUUAUACUUGCAGAGGUCACAUACCAGGUUUUCUCCAAACUACAGCUGAUGAGUUUUGCUUUUACUAUGCAAGAAAAGAUGGUGGUGUAUGCUUUCCAGAUUUUCCAAGAAAACAAGUGCGAGGGCCAGCUUCUAACUCCCUGGACCACAUGGAAGAGUAUGACAAAGAGGAAGAGAUCAGCAGAAAACACAAGCACAACUGCUUCUGUAUUCAGGAGGUUGUGAGUGGACUAAGGCAGCCUGUUGGAGCAGUACACUGUGGGGAUGGAUCCCAUCGCCUGUUUAUUCUUGAGAAAGAAGGAUAUGUGAAGAUUUUCAGUCCAGAAGGAAACAUACUCAAGGAACCUUUUUUGGAUAUACACAAGCUUGUUCAAAGUGGAAUAAAGGGAGGAGAUGAAAGAGGACUGUUAAGCCUUGCAUUCCAUCCCAAUUACAAGAAAAAUGGAAAGCUGUAUGUGUCUUAUACCACCAACCAAGAACGGUGGGCUAUUGGACCUCAUGACCACAUCCUUAGGGUCGUAGAAUACACAGUAUCCAGGAAAAAUCCACACCAAGUUGAUAUGAGAACAGCAAGAGUGUUUUUAGAAGUAGCAGAACUGCAUCGAAAACACCUAGGAGGACAGCUUCUGUUUGGCCCAGAUGGUUUCCUAUACAUUUUUCUUGGAGAUGGCAUGAUCACUCUAGAUGAUAUGGAGGAGAUGGAUGGUUUAAGUGAUUUUACAGGUUCUGUAUUGCGCCUCGACGUAAAUACUGACCUGUGCAAUGUCCCUUAUUCCAUACCACGGAGCAACCCACAUUUUAAUAGCACAAACCAACCUCCCGAGAUUUUUGCACACGGACUCCACAAUCCAGGCCGAUGUGCUGUGGACCGCCACCCAACAGAUGUAAACAUCAAUUUAACUAUACUUUGCUCAGAUUCAAAUGCAAAGAACAGAUCUUCAGCAAGAAUCUUACAAAUAAUAAAGGGUAAAGACUAUGAAAGUGAGCCUUCACUUUUAGAAUUCAAACCGUUCAGCAGUGGAUCCUUGGUUGGUGGAUUUGUCUAUCGAGGCUGCCAGUCUGAAAGACUGUAUGGAAGUUAUGUAUUUGGAGACCGCAAUGGAAAUUUUUUAACACUGCAACAGAGUCCUGCAACCAAACAGUGGCAAGAGAAACCCCUCUGUCUUGGCAACACUGGUUCAUGUAGAGGUUUCUUCUCGGGCCCUGUCUUGGGAUUUGGUGAAGACGAAUUAGGUGAGAUUUACAUAUUAUCAAGCAGUAAAAGUAUGACACAGCCUCACAGCGGAAAACUCUACAAGAUCAUUGACCCAAAAAGGCCUUUAGUCCCUGAAGAAUGCAAGAGAACAGCUCAGUCGGCACAGAUACUGACAUCUGAAUGCUCAAGGCAUUGUCGGAAUGGGCACUGCACUCCCACAGGAAAAUGCUGCUGUAAUCAAGGCUGGGAAGGAGAGUUCUGCAGAACUGCAAAAUGUGACCCAGCCUGUCGACAUGGAGGUGUCUGUGUAAGGCCUAAUAAAUGCUUAUGUAAAAAAGGCUAUCUGGGCCCCCAGUGUGAACAAGUGGAUAGAAACAUCCGAAGAGUGACAAGGGCAGACAUCACCUAGAUGAGACAGCUUUACCAUGUCCUGUAAAAUACUAAAGUUACAUUUUUCACCAACUUAAUUGGAAAGACGGGGAAAGAGAAAGCAAACACACUCUUUAAUGUGUUGUGGAUCUAAUCUAGAAAUGUAUCCUUGUGUCAACUUGUAUUCAUUUACGACGGAUGAAAAAAACAACUGCCAACCAAUCAUAAUAAAAUUCCAGCAUAUGUUAAAAGUGUUCAUAAAGUGAUUUUCACUGUAACAGGACAGGCCAGAUCAUACACGAGUAGACUGCUGCCGAUUUCACACUGAAUGGAAUGUCCCCGGACGAGAGCUCACAUGAGCAUGUGUUGGCUGUGUAAGAUGUCACUUGUACAAAACGUAUAAUGAUUCUUGCCAAAUGUGGUUCUAAAUGUAAAUGGUCCUUGAAGAGCUAACAUAAAAUUGAGUCUUUGUAAAUGUAUCAAUAAAUAUGGUGUACAUGCUAUAGUCAGGUUUUCUAAAGUAUUAAUAGUCUAAAUAGAUGUUUCUUCAGAACUGGUGCCCUCUUAUCUUCAGUUCUACGGCAUUAUUGGCAGUUUCUUUGCUCACUACUUACCGACUAUCAGAUUUCCUUUGCACUACCUGGCUUUUAUAAAACCUUGCCUGUGAAAAGAAAGCAGAGUAGCCACAGUGUGCACAUCCUAUGGUUCUUAUAAGUAGCUGUUCAUGCGUCAACGAUUUACAACACUUUAGGCAAUAAGAUCUAAAAGACUUUAGCCGUAUUACUCUCCAGUAGCAAAAUUACCUCUCCAGGGCAAUGACAUGCAAUGAAUUUUCCUUUAUAGAAAGCUGUCAGUCUUCAUUUAGUAAGUAUUAAAUCUGAAAGUACAGCUUGACUGAUACUUGCAUUUCUCUGUCUUACACAUUCCAGCUCAGAGGAAUAGAAAAUUACAUUCGCCUUCCAUAUAUGUUUGCCUGGGUUUCGAGUGACCUCAUGCCAAAUGGAAAUUGGUUGAGAAAUCUUGGUUAAGUGCUCAGCGAACAAUGGUCUGCAUUAAAAAGUGCAUGCAUAAUUUUGCACAAUGUAGAUUCAACUGACAGUCCAUUGAAAGACGUCUUGGGAUUAAAUGAGCAUGAAGACCAAAUUGCCCUCUCACCCCAGAAAAGGGUGGUCCCUUAUAGUCACACGAACACUUCAUUGGCUAAGCAGUGUGACCAAUCUUAAAAUGAACCCUGCGGUAGCAUCUGUAGGUUAAUAGCAGCUCUUUGUCUCCGCUGCUUUCUGCCUUUAGUCUUUUCCCUGAAUUCCAUCACAAAAAGUUUUACAAUUAAAAAAUGUCCUGACAACCAUUUUUGUAAAUUGACCUUAGCAUCUAAUCUUUCCUUAUUCAACGUGGGUGACAAAAAUGUGAACUUCUCAUGAAUGAGCCAGCUGUCUAAAUCUGUCAAAUAGCGCAGUUUUAUUACACUCUUCAUAAUCGGCAAAGCAAGAAAGUCGCUGAAGUAUUUUAGCAACAUUUAGAUAUCUGACAGAGAUAAUAUCUUUAACGCUUUCUUUAAUGAGAUAUAUUUAAAAAUAAAGCCAACUUUAACUCCACUGUGACGCAUUAUUUUCAACAACCAGCUGGGGAGAUGUGACAGUUCUUUUCUCACUGCUUAGUUCCUGGAGACUUAACAAAUACCACAGAUGGUACCUAAAUUGAAGAUCCACAGUAAUAUAUAUGCCGUAGUCAUGUAGAGAAGGGAUAACAAUGAUCUUAGAGUUUUGAUCUUGAUAAUAAAGACAAUUUAGUUUACUAGUGAAAUCAGAAAAUAAAACUCCAGUAAAAGCUAAGAAUUAAAUUCAGGCCUCAUUCAAAUCAAUGGAAAAAAACUCACAUCAGCUGUGCUGCACCCAGAAAAUCACUUUCAAAAUUUAAGCAAAAUACUUCAGUUUAUUUUUAUUUAAAAAAAAACAAACUUCUGUUUGAGUCAUUCCAUCAAAACUUCAGAACUAAGAAGUAAUCUGAGUGAAGAUUAGAGGGAGAGGGGAGAUAGUUUGUGGAAAGUGUUUUGCUUCAUUUUUAAAUCAUCUUUUAUAUCAUGUGAAAGCAAGCAUCUGCAUUAAGCCCACAUGGGUACAUAGGAAGUCCCAGUGGAAAAGAAGUAUUCUCAAAAAAAAGACAAAAAAUCCUAGCUGCUUAUUUAUCAAAAGAAAUUAUACUAUUAAAAAGAGUGAGUAAACCCCAGGCCUAGCCACCCAAGAUGCUAAUAUAAAAAGGGCAACUGCAGUAAUUGCCCUGAGAAUUGGCAUACAAAAAAAAAAAAAAAAAAAAAAAAGUCUGUAGAAAGCCCGUUGCCAGUUAGGUCAUUCUGCAGCCAUUCUCACACAACCUCCGAGAGUGUCCCAGAAUAAAACUGAGCUUAUAAAUGAAACUAGAUAAAUGAGGCAAUUAGAUAAGGGCCUCCAGAAGGGAUUUUAUGUAUGUGUUCAAGUUGUCUCUGUCUCUGUCUCUCUCUCCUAAUCUUUUAUUCCAUUCAUUUCUUCCUUUAUUCAGAGAUACUGCCUCUCUGUUCCCAACACAUUGUACAUUUCAAGCAUUCUUUGAGGCUUUCUACUGUUAAAAGACAGCAAACAUACCUGUUGCAAGAAACAUAACUCUAUUCCUAAAGUCUGCUAGUUUUCAACCCUCAUUUUAUUAUUUUGGGACAGAAAACCUUCAUCUUUCUCUUUUUAAAUGCCACUGAUGAGAAAGAAGGCAUAUUAUUGGAAUUUAGGAGAAACGCCUUUACUCCAUAGAUAGGUAGGGAGACAAAAAGAUGUUAUGUAAAAUCAACUCCAAAUUGUUUCACUCCAUUUCAGAAAAACAGUAAACUCAUUUUUCUAAUGCGUCCAAUAGGAAAUAUUAACUUAACUUAAGCCCUCCCCCUCAAGGAAAUAAAUUUCUUCCGUUAACAGUCAGGGACACAGAUGCCAAAUCCUUUGUACCUUUAAAUCCUCACAGGUUGUUCUACUUCAUGCAAACUGUAAGUUAGGUAUAAAUAAGAGUAUAAAUUCUAUAUCACCAACAUGACACCUCUGUUUAUCUCCUUCUUUCUUUCACUUCUCCACAUUUUGACUUUGCAGCUCCUUCCUUUCUAGAACCACAGCAAACGUCAAUAAUCCCUGGUUGCUGCAGGUGAUGCUUAUUAUUUUUGAAACUGCUAAUAGAUGUGUGCAUCAAAGAGGCUUCCCAGCAGGCUAAGAUUUUUAUCUUUUGAUCAUUCCACAGAACUUUGUUAUUUUAUAGUGACUUCUAAUACUCCAUCUUAGCUGGAUAUUUACAGUUCAGGAGUACCAGCCUUAAGCAGCUCCGUCCCAGGCUGUGAAGCUCAGCCACAGAUAGACUGAAGCUGGAGGAAGGGAGAAAGCACUUGGUCACUGUACAGUCACUGUGCUUAUCAGAAAGUUACUGAUUUCAAUGCAAUAAUCAGAUACCUCAAGUGAAAAGCAGAACGAUAUUCCCGGGAUGAUGAAACGCUGCUUUUCAGUGUAUACUUUCUCUAAUUUGGGGUUAGAAAAGGCGACCUUUUCAGGUACAAAGAUGCAAAAUGGAGAUUCUGAAAACACUUACGAACAAGUAACUUUUCACAGGUGUAAAGUCCCACUAAGGUGAAAAUCAAUAUUUGUACAUGUAAUUCUACUUGCAUUAAAUGAAAUAGGCAUUUAUAAGAUUGGGCCUGCAUGGAAAAAACAACUUCGAGGAUAUCCUGCUCUGCUUAUUUUUCCUUAAUUAUGUAAAUCCUUUAAAAGACAUUAAUGCAUUUUAAUUUACUAUCUUUUAAUGUAGCUGUGUAUCAGUUUAAUUAGGAAUGAUACCAUUUGGAUCUUCUGUCCAACUGAAAAGGUGAGCUGUCUCUCAGAAAAAAAAGGAGUCAUGAAGUAAAUAAAAACUAAUUUUUCCCAUUUUGCAAUAUUAAAAAUUGACCAAUAUUUUAUUUUUGUCACUUAAAAAAAAUUAACUAAGAAUCUCACCAAAAAGGCAAUCGACCCUUUAAAUUUAUUCUAAUCCAAAUUUGCAGAAAAUGUGUACCAAAUAAUCUGGGUUCUGGCUAUAAAAAAACUCAUAAAUAUUUCCAUAAGUAGUUUCAGAGCAAAAUGUUGUGGAAACGUUGAAAAAAAAACUUAGGACCAUUUUGCUAAAAUGUUCAUUGUUUUCAACAGCAGAGUAAUUCGGUGAAACGAGACACAUGUACUUUUUAGGAUAUAGGUGUGAAACAGCAGAAGCCACCUGAAAGCUUAGCACAGGAUUACUUUAAUCUUUGAGGGCCUGACUCGAAGUCCAUUGAUGUCAACCGAAAAUCUCCUAUUGACUUCAUUACUUAUAGGAUUAAGUCCUUAAAAGAUAUCCACUUAGCUGGCAGAAGAUCUUAACUUCAGACAUCAGUGUACACAUGACCCCUCUGUGUCUGCGUCUGCAGUCAUUAAACACACCAAGGUUUUCUGGAAUAAGACUGCAGAUUCAGCCCUGCGCAAAGCCAUACGGAGCAUAUCCUACUUCAAGACGUACGGAGCGUAUCCGAUCCUCUUGGGUUUCCCUAUAGGCAUUGCCAACAGUUACACAAGGGGUCUAUUAAAUCUGCCAGGCUUCUUGAUGCUUCUUUAAAAAUGUUGAGCAAUUAGCUCACAUUUUUUCUCUUUCACACAUACAUGCUUAUUUCAAAUACGUAAGCAUAUGCCACUAAGCAGGAAAGUAAUUAAAAUACCAAGUCAGUGGCCCCGUUUUAUGAAAUAGCCAUAGUAAGACAGGGCCCAGAGUUGCCCCCACAGAUGCUCACAAACAUCCACGGAAGAGUUCCCUCAACUGUUUUGAGUCCAGUAUUACAAAGGCUGAAUUCGGCAGCCUUAGGCACAUUUUCAAGCCCUUCUUCCUGUAUUUAAUAGGGAUGGUGUAAUAUUUCAAUCAAGACUGUAUCCUAAUCCAAAAAAAACUGUUGUUGUCACCCUUACUAAUAAGACUAGUAAGACCGAAAGCGAUGAGACUCCUCAGUACUGAAAUGACAGGCGUAAGCGAUUACGGGGUGGGACGUGAGCGGGCAUUCUACAGAUGCGUGCUAGGCAAAGGGAUAGCCGCUUGCCUUUGUACUCAUUGAUUUCAAUUACAACUCUACACACAGAAUUUAUCGUGCUAUAAAAUGCACAACACCCAAACAAUCUUAGCACAGCAAUUAAUUCUGCAUAGCUUUACACUGGGCAGACUGACGAAUCAGAGAGUAUUACUAACGCCUUAUCUGGGAAAAGAGAAACAUUACUAUUUUAUAGCACUGUACAAGUGGUUCAACUGACAUAUCAACCUUUUUCCUUCAGUUCACUCAUAAGUUAUUAAUAAUUACUACUUUGGUCUAUAUAUUAGCAAAGGAUUAUCAGGUAGUCCCAUAACCCAAAGAAAACUCCCAUAGGCUUCCAUAGGAAAUUUUUCUUCACAUUACACUGUACAGUUUGAUUUGAAAGCCAAGUGACACACCUGCUUACCAGAGCUCUCAGUACUGAAAAUAUAUCAUUCUAGUGGUCAUUUCAUGCUAAAGGAAUUCACAAAAAAAUAAUAUUCUGUGUUAUAUACAUUUAAUGUGUGUCUUUACCUAUUGUCUACUGUACACACACUGGCUUCCACAAUCAAAAAUGUCAGAAAUUAUUGCUAAGAAUGUGCACAAACAGCAAGCUGCAUUAUUGGAGAAGAGUUUUAUUUCUACUGACAAAAAACAACUUUCCAUCUGUUAUAAGUGAUCAAUAGGGUCCCAUGUAUCGUAUAGUUAAGUUUCUUUUAGAGUCUAUGAGAUUUUCCUAUUUAUCUUCAUUUUGCAAUGAAAACAAAAGUGAAAAAUAUUUAAAUGAAAAAUUGCUUAAAUUCCUAGGAAAUUUCAGAAAGAAGGUGCCAGCUAAAGCAUGUGAAUAUACGCCGUGGCUGUGUUCACAAUAUUCUUGGGUGGGAAGGAGGCAGAGAGAGGUGGCUGUUUUGGAGGGGUGUUUUUAAUGUAGGAUGCGUUUCGCUGUAGGAUGAAAAGGCGAUUUGCAUCUCAAGGUAUUAACAAACAAAUCCCAUUUUCUGAAUGUUCCUAGGAGGAGCGGCUAAAAGGAAAAUGUUCUAGGCAGAGUUAAAACUGGUGCACAGAAUGAAGUUAAUUCAUACCAAGAUAUAGUGCGACCAGAAACCAUCUGGUAUUAAGUCACCAGAUGUAUCUUGUAGAGAUCUCCAUUAAUACCAGAAGCAGUAACCCUACCCUGUGAAUUAUCCAGAAAUGCUAUUAGCUGUCCCCCACAAAAUAUACUGCAGAAUUAAAACUUCAAUUCUCUUUUGAGAACAAUUAGAUUUUAAUGGGAGCCAAGCAGAAAAGGAAAAGGAAAUAAGAAAAUUCUGUCACUUGAGAACAUUACUGUUGUGAUAUUCCUCUGUUCAAUUAGUUUUAUUUUAUAUUAGCUGUCAGGUACUGUAUGUACAUUUGAAAUGUGGGAAAAUAGCUUAGAAAAUAUCAUUCAAACUAUGUUUAAGUAUCUUCUAUAAACUGUAUUAUACUACUAAGCAUAUACAGGCACCAAUCUAGCAGAGCACUGGACCACACAAGUAAUUUUAAGCAUAUGAGUCUCCCUGAAGUCAUGUGCUUAACAUUAUUAAUAUAAUUAAGUGCUUUCUUGGUUUGAGACCUUACAAGUCUUUGCAGGUCUACCUAUGUAGACUACGUAUGCUAUAUGUGUAUUUCUUUUUAGGGAGACAGCAUGGCUGAAGGUCACAACAAGAGAAUUCAGUUACUGUCUGUCACAAAUUCUAUAUAACCUGAAGUAAUUGCAUCGUUGUGCCUCCACUUUCCAUCUGAAAAUUAGUGAAAUCAACCCUUGUAAAGCGCUUUGAGCUCUUCAAAUGAAAAGUGCUAUAAAAAGUACAAAUUAUUAUUAUAUUAUUGAACACCAUGUAUGUAUACACACUAUUAUGUAAUAUAUAAUAUAUGUAUAAUGCAUAUAAAUUCUAACAAAUGUAUUUGUGUAAUAUCUGAGAAAUGGAACAGUUGUAUCUGGAAGUGAUAAAUGCAUAGAGUUGGAUUUAUUGUUAAUCUGUGGAUUUAAUGAUUUUUCUAGACAAAAGGAUGUUUAAGUGUAUAAUUGCUUUUCUUAAUUUAAUAUAUUUAUGUAAAUGCAUGCCUGAAGUUCUGGAUAGAUAGUUAUUCUGUGUCCCUUAAGCUAAUAAAAUAUAUUAAACUUUAUC